AUGUUCUCCGCCUUAGGUCUGUUCAAGGGAGUCCCGUGUCCUCGGCAACACGACUGUACUCUUCCAAGUUGCUUCUUUUUCCAUGACCCAUCACCGCCAUUCCCGGACGCACAUACAGCUACCAAAGCAGCUCAGGAAUAUGAUCCAUUCAGUGCAGGAGACAUCAUUGCCCCCCCUCCCAAGAGAAGGAGGCUCGCAUCUCCACAGGUAGAAAAGGAAGAUGAUACAGUGCAGCCGAAUCCUACUGCACCAAGGCCUCAGCUUCCGCCUCCGCUGGCGGCCGCCAAGUCAAAAGUCCUCCACUUGUCGGCGAACAAAACUAACCAGGCUCCAUUCCCAAAUGGCAUAUCCAAGUCAGGAUCGACAGACAAGGCAAUACCAACUUCAAUCACAAAGACAGUGUCACCGCCACCAACUAGGGAAAAUAAGCGUCCGGUGGGAUCAGCCAUAAGAAAGGUCGUCAAAGCCGAGUCUUUAACACCCCGAAAUGUGGCAAAAGCUCCAGCUGUGUGGAAGACGAGGUUGGCGGCACUGCAGAGAUUGCACGAGCAGGUGUGCGCUCAGAAUGAAAAGCUUGCGGCAGCCGGGGAUAAAUGGAAGCCUCUAGUGCUCGACAAGCAGGAGUCGAUUACAUUUGCUCUCGACGAGGAGGAGGCGGCCACCAAGCUGGGGGAGAACAUUUACAAGAAUGCAGUGUCUCAGACGGUAUUGCGCAUUAAAAAGAUGACAAAGGAUGAAUGGGUCAAGGCCGUGGCAGACUGGACUGGAAUGUCCUCACGAGUCCAACCCGGGCAGAAGUCGGACAGAGAUGCUCCAACAUCACUACCAUCAGAGUUGUCGUCUAGAAGCGAGCAAGUAGCUGUUCUCAGACACCUACGAACUCCGCUAGAAGGCCUUGAACAAUUCGGGUACGUGACAAGCAAGCCCACUGCCAGCGAGAUUGCGUCAUCCAAAGCAGGGUUGGCGGCCGGGGCAGGGUUUGAGAGCUGUGAUCGAUGUGGUACACGAUUCCAGGUAUUCCCAGGCCGGGACGAGGGCGGGCGUCUCACAAGCAAGGGGAAGUGUCAAUACCACUGGGCCAGACCCAAUCGCUCGACUUCGCUGAGAACUGACAGGAUCUUGGGCCAGUCCGAGGCCAUUUACCCGUGCUGCAACAAACUACAAGGCAGUGAAGGCUGCUCCGAGGCCGAAACACAUGUCUUCAGUGUCAAGGACCCCAAGAGACUCGCAGCUAUCCUGCAGUUUGAGCAUACACCGGAUAAGCCCGACAUACGCGGACGCCAGCCAAUUUCGUUCGAUUGCGAGAUGGGAUAUACCACCCUUGGAAUGGAGGUUAUCCGGGUCACUGCUGUGUCUUGGCCCGAAGGGAAACUUGUACUUGAUAUUUUGGUGCGACCCUUUGGGGAGAUCCUCGACUUGAACACAAGAUUUUCGGGUGUGACGCAGCACGCUUUCGCCAACGCGCUGCCAUACGAUGCUACAAUACCUGACCAGAGUGAGCCUGCUGCACAAGUCGAGUCCGGUCAGGCUCUCAAAUUACGCAGAGUGGAAUCACCGGCAGUGGCGAGACAGCUGCUCUUCGACUGCCUCAGCCCAAACACGCCUUUGAUCGGUCAUGCCAUUGAAAACGAUCUGAAUGUGUGCCGAAUCAUCCACCCGUUCGUCAUCGACACUGCGCUCCUGUACCCCCAUCCACGUGGCUUGCCCAUUAGAUACGGACUCAAAAUGCUGAGUCAAAAGCACCUAUCAAGAGGGAUCCAAACCGGCGGCGAGGCUGGCCAUGACUCAAAGGAGGAUGCCAUAGCGACGGGCGACCUCGUGACGAAGAAGGUGGCGGAGAAGUGGACCAUCAUGCAGCAUGCAGGAUGGGAGUUUGUGGAUGGGCUGCUGAUGGCACCGGAGGAGUCUACGGAUAUUCCAUUCGUCUGA